GGCAUGAGUUUAGGAUCCGUGAGUGGAAAAAAGAGGGGGUAAUGAACAACACGCCGCCUGGAUUACGGUUGCUCAGGCCUCCGACGGUGAUAGGCCAGUUCCACACCUUGUUCUUCGGCUCGGUGCGGAUGUUCUUCCUGGGCGUCCUUGGCUUUGCUGUCUAUGGGAAUGAGGCGCUGCACUUCAGCUGCGACCCCGAUCGCAGAGAGCUCAACCUGUACUGCUACAACCAGUUUAGACCCAUAACGCCUCAGGUCUUUUGGGCGUUACAGCUGGUGACAGUGCUGGUCCCUGGGGCAGUGUUUCACCUUUACGCGGCCUGUAAAAACAUUGACCAGGAAGAGAUACUUGAACGACCUAUCUACACCGUCUUCUACAUCAUUUCUGUUCUUCUACGCAUCAUUCUGGAAGUCAUCGCCUUCUGGCUACAAAGUCACCUCUUCGGCUUCCAGGUCCACCCGCUGUACAUGUGUGAUGCCAGUGCUCUGGAAAAGGCCUUUAAUGUGACUAAGUGCAUGGUUCCUGAACACUUUGAAAAAACUAUAUUCCUUAGUGCCAUGUACACCUUCACUGUGAUCACCAUACUUCUCUGUAUUGCUGAGAUCUUUGAGAUUCUCUGCCGGCGGCUCGGUUAUCUCAACAACCAAUGACACGAUACACACGGGCGCACACAGAAUGACUUAGGUUGAAAAUCGAUGAAGCUACUUCUGCCAGUUUUAUUAAGCUCUUGGUUAGCUACUGCCGGACUUUGACAAAAAAAACAGGAAGCCGACGAAAGAGCAACACCUCACCUGUGGUCGGUCGUGAGUUGCGCCAAGAAAAUUCAAGAUGUGCAACAGUUUCGAGGCUGGAAAGUCUGAAAUAUUCUCUAGGUGUUAUUUGCCGUAAAUUAACGAGUGAUCAAUCCUAGUUGUAUUUCGGAUAUCAGUGGGUCUGUGCUGGCUGUGUCAAAGGGUCUUGUUUGGAUGUGAUGGUAAGAAAAUAAGCACUUCUCACUCUGAUCUGUUGGUGGAUGACGCAGAUAGAACUCUGGUUGUCUUUGUUACCCAAGAAGACUAAAGGGCAGGCAUCAUCUUCAAGCAGUGCCAACACCCGGUGACCAUCGUGGCGUUACAGCACAAGGAACGCCAACUUUGUCCAAACCUGGUGGCCCCAAACUGCACCUCAGAUCUGGUACUCUGUGCAUUAGCUGCACCCUUUUGCCACUCACCCAAAGGCCUUUGGACUUUGUUCAUCAGGAGCUGCCAAUAAGCUUUCAAAAGUUGUGAAAGGAGGCUUUGACAAAGGUCUUGCCAUGUUGUAACAGCAAGCAAUCACACUAGUAAGCUAAGUCAAACAGUUGUGCAGAAAAGUGCAGACAAACUUCAGUCUGAGGAUCAAAUAUGACAAGCAGAAUUCACAGCUGGUCAUGGAUUAUCACUUCGGUCACCCUGAAGAAUUUCUGACUCAGUAACUCUCCCCACGGGCGAGUGAAUUUGCAGGUGCCAUUGCUCCUGACACUUCCAUGUGUGACAGUUUUCGCUUGUGUCUGUGACUACUUCCAGCUCGUUCUGACCUUUACUUGCACCAACACGAGCGCCACAGCCUUGGCAUGGACUCCUUGAAAGGGAUGCCGGCCUCUCCUGGUACCUCUUCCAGCCAGUCGGGUCUUUACAACCUCCAACCUGACUUGUAGAACGGAGAUCGGCCAGUCGCUCGCAUUCACCAGAAAUGGCAAGAUUCCUUCUCUGAGAUGUAAAGGCAUCUGUGGACAACAUAUUUUUGAAAUUGACACCAUUAUUUUAAUUAGUUGAAUGAAGUGUUUUACCCUUUGGGGUUGAAGAUUUGCCCAAAGAAGCAAACUGAACAUUAAAUCUGGAAAAGCUGAAACACCAACCGCCAAAACAAAGAAAUACUGCACGAUUCAAGUGCCUAGAUUUUAAUACAAUUGUGCCAACACAUUAGCUUGUGGUAUUAUGCAUAGUACUUUCUGUACUUUCACCUUUGGUGUACCUGUCAAUGUAUUUUGAAAAUGA